CUAACAUUAAAUAUUUUUUGGUUUCCAUAUUAGUCGGUUUCAUGCCUUGAGUAGUUUUAAAAAUUUUAAAAUAAACAUUUAUUUGAUAGGUUCAUUUUCUUGUGGAUAGUCGUUUAAAAUUUGACAAAAUUUAAUGUAAAAUACAAGCUUUUGGUUAACCAAUAUGUCCGCGAUAGGAAUCAACGGUUUCGGCCGCAUCGGGAGGAUAUUUGCUCGCCUGGCGCUGGUGCGGCCCGAUGUUCAUAUACUGGCAAUCAACGAUCCGUCCCUCGAUCCAGACUACUUGGCGUACAUGCUCCGCUAUGAUUCCACGCACGGCAUAUUCAGACAGGAGAUCUCGGUGGACGGGGACAAGUUGUGUGUUGCCGGCAAGACAGUCAAGCUGCUGAAGGAGCCCGAUAUCAAAAAGGUUAAAUGGUGUUCCUAUGGCGUCAAAACUGUGGUGGAGUGCUCCGGACGGUUUACCACCAUAAAGCUAUGCCAGCCUCAUUUGGAUAACGGUGCCGAGAAGGUGGUGAUAUCGGCACCCUCCUCCGAUGCUCCGAUGUUUGUGUGUGGAGUGAAUCUGGACAGUUAUAAGCCCGGAACUAAGGUCAUUUCCAAUGCCUCGUGCACCACCAAUUGUCUGGCGCCCAUUGCUAAGGUGGUGAACGACACUUUCGGGAUCGUUGAGGGACUAAUGACCACCGUGCAUGCGGCCACCGCCACUCAAAAGAUAAUCGACGGACCCAGCGGGAAGCUGUGGCGGGAUGGUCGCAGCGGAAUGAUGAACAUCAUCCCGGCCGCAACCGGGGCGGCCAAGGCUGUGGGUAAAGUAAUUCCCGAUCUGAACGGAAAACUUACGGGCAUGGCGUUUCGUGUUCCAACACCAAAUGUUUCCGUUGUGGAUCUGACCUGUCGUCUCAAGAAACCGGGCAAGAUGGAAGACAUCCAAAAAGCCAUGAUUAAAGCUACCAAGGGCGACUUGAAGGGUGUGUUGGCCUACAUAGACGAGGAAAUGGUCUCCACCGAUUUCAUUGGCUCCAAGUACACGUCUUUGUUUGAUUCGAAAGCCUGUAUAUCCUUGAACGAUAAGUUCGUCAAAUUGAUCAGUUGGUAUGACAACGAGAUGGGAUACUCUGCCAAGCUUCUGGACCUGGUUCUCUUUAGUCAGUUAGCCGAUCACUGUGCCAAGGAUUCGGCGAAGAAGAAGGGAAAAAAGAAGGACCCUUGUGCCAAGAAGAAAAAAGAUCCUUGCGGCAAAAAGAAAAAGGAUCCUUGCGCUAAAAGCAAAAAAGAUCCUUGCGCCAAAAUGACAAAAAAGAAAAAUUGCGCCAAAAAGAAAAAGAAUCCGUGUGCCAAGGAUAAGAAGAAAGAUCCCUGCGCAAAGGAUAAGAAGAAAGACCCUUGCGCGAAGGAUAAGAAGAAAAACCCUUGCGCGAAGGAUAAGAAGAAAGACCCCUGCGCAAAGGAUAAGAAGAAAGACCCCUGCGCAAGCUUUAAGAAAAAGAAAUCCUCUUGCGCGAAGGACAAGAAGAAAGACCCUUGUGCCAAGGAUAAGAAGAAAGACCCAUGCGCGAAGGAUAAGAAGAAAGACCCCUGCGCAAGCUUUAAGAAAAAGAAAGACUCUUGCGCAAAGAAUAAGAAGAAAAACCCUUGUGCCAAGAAUAAGAAGAAAGAUCCUUGCGCCAAAAAGAAGAAGAACACAUGCGGUAAAAACAAAAAGAAGGGCAGGUGCGGUAAAAAUAAGAAAAAUAAUCCUUGCGGCAAGAGGAAAGACGAUUUUCAAAAAAAGAAAGGUGAUCACUGCAAGAAGAAGUAACUGAACUCGGCUAAGUGGGAACCAAAAGAAGUCAGUAAAAAAAGACGCCAGUAUAUCUAGUCCGUCUCCAAAUUUAACGUCUCUGCUUAUUUCGUAUUUUCAUCUCAAAACAUGAAACAGCUAGAAAACAUCAAUUUUAAACAAAAUUUUAGUUAACCAUGAAUAAAUUUGUAAGGAAAACAA